GCCCGCCUCCCCAUCGGGCCUCCUGCGGGCCGGGCAGCAUCACUUCCUCUGCCUGGAUUUCCUCCCCCAUUCGCUCCUCUGCCCUUGCCCUCUCGCUCUUCUUCCCUUUUCCCAUCUCUCCCGCGCCCCUCCCUCCCCCUCUCCCUCCCCCUCCUCCGUCUGGACGGUGGAACAUGCGCCGCGGGGCCCCAUCAGCUGCACCCACCGCCCGGCCCCACACCACUGCAGGCCCCCCCCUCAGCGCCUUGCCGGCUGGCCCCGAGAAUCUGUCGCUCUCGUCGGCUUCCUCCUCGAUCGAGGAUCUCACCCCCCCGGGAGGCCUCUCCCAGCGGGACCUUGAUGACGACGUGGUCCACCUGUCGCACUUCGACCGGCUCGCCUUCCCGGAUGUGACGGAUUCGGCCAGCCCCUCGCCGGAACGCGCCCUCCCCCCGCAGGCUGCCCCGGCGGAUGGCCGGCCAUCGGCGGCCGUGUCUCCGCACGGUGGGCCCCGGCCGCGAGCCAACACGGCUCCCCUGCCACCGGCGGCGACCGCCCCGGGCAUCGAUCCCCGGGUCCGGGGCCCGGACGGCCUUUCCCGGCCGGGGCCCGGGCUGCAGCCCAUCCUGGAAUCUCGGCAUGUGGCCGCCGGCCUGACCACGGCCCAUGCUUCGCCGCCGCCGCUGGCCGGCCGACCGCGCACGGAAUCCCUGCACAUGCCGGUCCGGGCACACAGCCCUGCCCUGGGCGGGCCGAGCCCCGUGCCCGGCAUUGUCCCGCGCGAGCCGAGCCUGCCCACGUCGACGAUGGCCUCCUUCCCGGCGUCGGCCCUCGGGGUCGAGCAGCUGACGGCCCUGUUUGCCGAAUCGCGCGAGAGCCUCACCUACUGCCAGGCGGUGACGACGGCCGCCCAGCGGGAAGUCCGCGAGGCGGACAUCGAGAUCGGGCAUGUGCGCAUGCUGUUCGAGUCGCCCGGCGUGGCGACCGUGGCCCGGGCGCUGGAGGACACGCACAAGCGGAUACGCGAGGCCGCCGUGGUGGUCGAGCAGUUGGACGCUCGUCUGGAGGCCGCGAUCCAGGGUGCCGGCCCCCGGGGCAUGCGCCCGGGUCACCGGCCGGAGGACCUGGUGGCCACUCUGACCGACGAUCCGGCCGGGCUGUCCAUCGACGCGUUGGCCUUCGCGUAUGGCCGUUGUGUGGAGGAAGUCAGCGCCGCCACCGACGCCCUGGCCCAGCGCCAGGUGGAGGGGGACCUGCGCGCCGGGCUGGCCUACAACCGGACCCUGCGCGACUGGGACCAACGGCCGCGUGGCUCGCGCGUGCUGUCGAAUUCCAUGCAGCAGCAGCAGCAGCACCACCACCACCACCACCAGCAGCAGCAGCAGCAGCAGCAGCAGCAAUCGUCGCAACAUAGGCAUGGGGCCUCGCCCACGGUCGCCGGUGCCGAGGCAGACGAUCGGGGCCCAGGGUCCCCGGCGGACCCGGGGGUCCUGUGCUGCACGUGCUCCGGGUCUCCUGCACAGUGUGAGCCGCACGCGUGCCCGGUGCAUGGGCGCCGGCGCGAUCUCCCGCCGGCCGGCGGCCCGGGGCCCGUGCCCGAUGUCGAGCCUCUGCCAGCCGAGUGCCAGCAGUACCUGCUCGCCCGGCAGAGCGGCCCCGAGGGCUUGACUUUCGGGGCGGACCCCGCCUUUCGCCGGGACUUUCGCCGGCACUUCGAAACCGGGCCCCGCUCGCUGCUGGACUUUGUCGACAGCGCGGCCCUGAACUACCUGCAGGCCCAGGCCCAGGAGGACUGGCAGAAGCUUCAAACGGCGGUGGCCCGCUGUCGGAUGCUCAUGCGCCCUGUGAACACCGUCCUGGCCGAGCUCCAGGCCCAGCGCAACACUCUGAGCUUGGAGCGCUGUGACGGCAUCCCGGUGCUGCUGCUGCGCUACCACUUGGGUGCCUAUCUGCUGGAGCAGCAGCCGCAGCAGCCGCAGCCGCAGCAGCAGCAGCAGCAGCAGCACCAGCACCAGCAUCUGUCCACUGCAGUCAGUGUUCCCGGUGCCCAAGGACGAACCCUAGAUCACACGGACAUCUCGGCGCCGGGGCUCGGCGAGGGCCCGGUCGAUCCGCUGCAGCUGGAGGGGUCCGUCAGCCAGUCACCCGAGCGGGCCUUCGCUCUGCUGGCCGCGUCCCUCAACCUGCCGGUGGAGCAGGUGAGAGACGCGUACUACGAGCUGCGCGGCCCGGAGGAGGACGAUGCCCGGCAUGAGCUCUUUGUGAAGGGCGUGUGCGACUCGGCCUUCCGGCGCAUGCGCGGCCUCUUCAACUCCAUCGGGCAGCUGCUCUUCGUGGUGCAGGACCACUGCCGGAGCUGCGGGGCAGUGUUGCGCGUGCUCCAAAUGAAUAGCCGUGUUCCGCUGAAGGAGUCCGAAAACAUCCUUCACCAUGCACGGCGCUUGCCCUUUUACCAGGAGUCCAUGCGACUCCAGUUUGACGAACUCCUCAGUAUUAAGCGCGCUGUCCUCGAGCUGUCGGGACACACGAAGGCCGCCAACGAGCGCAUCGCGCGCAGCAUGCACGAAGACAUCACCAAGCCGCUGAAGACCCUGCAAAACCGCCUGGCCGAAGUGGCCGGCCAUGUGGACUUCAUCCACCAGCAGAGGCAUCUGAUUGGCGAGCAUGCCGGCGAGCUGGUGGCCCUCGCCGGGUGGUAUAAUGCCCUCUCCCUCGGGGCGUACGAUGCGCUGGUGCUGGAGGCUGCCCGGCGCCGGGCCUCCUGGGGCCACCGGCAGCUGGUGUUCGCCGCUUUGCGGUCCCUGCUCGGGGAGCUGGAGCGCGCGGAGGACGAGACAUGCGCCGCCUUCGACGAGCAGUUUGCCCACUAUCUCCCGCCGUCGCUGGUGGAGCUGAUCCGGGAGCCCUAUCUCUUGACGGACUUCAUCCACAAACCGGUCGGGCAUUUUAUGCAUCCGUACAUCCCGCGCGAGGCCUUCCUUCAGUCGCAGGAGCGCCUCCGCGCGGCCGGCUUCCAGCCGCUCAUCGCCGACCACGAGCGCCUCCUGCCCGAGGCCACAUCGGCCCUGGCCUUCGAUCUGGAUCCCCAGCUGGCCGGCUAUGCCUCGUCGCCAUCCCUGGCUCGACAGCUCAAUAGCUUCAUUCGCGCCAGUCUACCGGGGGCGGCCGGGCGGCCGGGCGUGGCCCUGUCAGCCACAUCGGCCCCGGUGCCGGCGCCGGUGACGGCCACCCUGAUUGCCCUUGAGACCGGGGAUGCCAGCGCCAGCAGCGCCGAGUCCUUCUCCCUGGACCUGGGCAUGAUGACGGAAACCGACGAGCGGGCAAUCUCGCCCGUGGAGCAGCCACGCCAGAGCACCAUCGAGGUGGAGGACCACCGGCUGUCAGCCCGGCGGCCGACCUCCCUGCCGGCGGUGGAGCAGCGCCUGGUCAACUUGUCGGUGGCGUCGGCCGGGCUGGCGGGCCCGGCGCACUCGGGCCCGGACGCGCCGCCGGCAUUGCUGGCGGCUCGACGGACGCACUCCAGUCCGCACGGGGCCAGCACCGGGUUUGGCAUUGCACCGGCGGCGCUGCACUCGCGGUCGGACGAUCGCCUGCCCCUGGACCUGCUGAAUGGCGGGGCGCCGGGGGGGCUGGCCGGCGAUCGGCCAGCCGGGGGCGUUCGGCGGCCGCAGUCGGCCGCCGGUGGCCGGGGCUUCUCCCCCGGCAUCCAUGCGGUCCCGGUCUUUUCGUCGCAUGCCAGCCCUGGGGACAGUCCCGUGAGCAGCCGGCCGGGCAGCUUGGCCCCCAGUCGGGCUACCAGCCCGCUGGCCAGCCCGCGCAUCGAGACGCGCAAUCUGCAAGCCCUCUCCCCGGGGACGCUGCUGCAGCCACUGUCGGCCGGGGUCGUCGGUGGGGGCGCGCACCGGGCCCCAGGGCCUAGUGGUGCCCGGUCGCAGCCGCCGACUCCGCAGCCCCCCCGGCUGCGCCGGCGCCGUGCGGUGGCCCUGCCGGCCGGGUCCCCCGGAUAUGGCAUGGUCACCGGCGGGGGCAGCGAUGAUGAUGGUGGCGAUGGCGGCCGCGGCCGCAGGGACCCCGGCCUUGGCAAUGGCGGCCACGACGGUGAUGAUGAUGAUGAUGAUGACGAUGAUGAUGAUGAUGGUCAUGACGGUGAGGACGAUGAUGAUGACGAUGAGCAGGCGCUGGUGGCGUCGCCUCGCAGGCGGCCCGGUGGCAAGCUCCUCUUUGCCUCGCGCUCAACCGACAACCUCCAAUAG